ACUGUGUCCGGUUGAUCACUGGGCGGCGAUGCAGCAGAGUCCUCCUCAAAAAAAUUCCCAGACUUGUUAUCGCUCGAUCGACGAAUUCCAAGCAGUAGCAUUGACUAUUGCUGCAUUUCUGGGGGCCUCCGCCCACAUCUACCCUUCCCAGCCCUUCCACGAUGUCGGUAAUUCUCUCCUCCUCUACGGUGGCAGCGAGGGCAUCUUCGCCUCUCCCCGAUCUUUCAUCAGGUUUGAGAACAUCACUCUCUGGAGAACAAUUACCGAUAAAGGCCACCGCAGCAAUGGGUUAGUUCAAGCAGUGAUCUUUGAAGCAUCCGAUCGUAACAAUAUCGGUGGUUCAGCUUACGGCGGCCAAAGAUCUAUUUGCUGCACUCCAGAUCUGGCCAAGCUUCAAGGUUGUAAGCAGCGUGAGAUCAUUAGGAUUCCUUCUGCACAUGACCCUAGAUGGCCUAUCCUCUUACCUCUCCGCUUCAAAGGAAAACGUUUGUCUGCUAAGAUGGAAGACACUGAGAUUCUUAUCACCAAGACUGGAAUCUAUAAUCUCUUAUUCAUAUCUUGUGAUCCACAACUCAAGGGCCUCACAAUGACCGGAAAGACUGUUUGGAAAAAUCCCGACGGCUAUCUUCCUGGUAGGAUGGCUCCACUAAUGAAUUUCUAUGUCUUUAUGUCUCUCGCUUAUUUGUUGCUCAGUGCCGUCUGGUUCUUCCAGUAUCUGAGGUUCCGGAUGGAUAUAUUGCCACUUCAACAUUGCAUUACUGCCGUCAUUCUUCUCGGAUUGCUUGAGAUGCUCUUUUGGUACUUGGAUUAUGCAAAUUUUAACAACACGGGAAUGAGGCCUUUAGCCCUUACUACAUGGGUUGUUACCAUUGGUGCCUUCAGAAAGACUGUUUCCCGCAUUCUCAUUCUCUGUGUUUCCAUGGGAUUUGGGGUUGUCAAAUCCACUCUUGGUGGUCUCACUUCUAAAGUCCUCCUUGUUGGAGUUACUUACUUCAUAGCUUCUGAGAUGCUUGAUAUAGCUGAGCACGUUGGCAUAAUUGACGAUAUGUCCGGAAGAUCAAAACUUUUUCUUGUCCUUCCUGAUGCCUUCCUGGAUGCAUUUCUCAUAUUGUGGAUAUUUACCUCUCUUUCCAAAACACUGGAACAGUUACAGAUGAAAAGGACCUCGGUGAAGCUGGAAAUUUACCGCAAGUUCUCAAAUGCUCUUGCUGUGAUGGUUGUUGCCUCUGUUGCAUGGAUAGUGUAUGAGGUGUAUUUCAAAGCAACAGAUCCAUUCAAUGAACGAUGGCAGACUGCUUGGACUAUAACUGCCUUCUGGGAUGUUAUUGCAUUCUUGUUACUAUGUAUUAUUUGCUAUCUCUGGACCCCCUCACAGAACUCCCAAAGAUAUGCAUAUUCGGGAGACGUGGAUGAAGAAAACGAGGAAGCUCAAUCUCUGACAGGGGGGAAGCAAGAUGGUGAUAUUAGCUUAGUUAAGCAAGAGAAGAAUGCUGAGUCGGACAGGGAAGAAGAUGUUGAAGAAGAUAAGAGAGAUUCUAGGCCAGGCCUUAACGGACAUCCGAUUGCUACUCAGAACCAGCAGCCGUAUUACCGGAGCUACUCAUCGUCGUCGUCGGCGUCACUGAAGGGAUGCUGCUGCUGCUUGUUCUUGCUGUUCGCGUUCCUGGCGCUGCUGGUACUGGCGGUGGUGCUCAUAGUAAUACUGGCGGUGAAGCCGAAGAAGCCGCAGUUCGAUCUGCAGCAAGUGGCAGUGGUGUACAUGGGAAUCUCAAACCCAAGCGCUGUUCUGGAUCCAACCACCGCCUCCCUCUCCCUCACCAUCCGGAUGCUCUUCACCGCCGUCAACCCAAACAAGGUCGGAAUCAGGUACGGCGAGUCCAGCUUCACGGUGAUGUACAAAGGCAUGCCACUGGGAAGGGCGACGGUGCCUGGAUUCUACCAGGAUGCGCACAGUACAAGGAAUGUGGAGGCCACCAUCUCCGUCGAUAGAGUCAAUCUUAUGCAAGCCCACGCCGCCGAUCUCGUCAGAGAUGCUUCCUUAAACGACAGAGUGGAGCUCACAGUCCGCGGAGACGUGGGGGCUAAGAUCCGAGUCAUGAAUUUCGAUUCACCGGGAGUUCAGGUAUCCGUGAAUUGCGGGAUAGGCAUUAGUCCCAGAAAGCAAGCUCUCAUUUACAAGCAAUAUUCUCUUUUCUAUUUCAUGUACGCUUUGUGUUUGGUUGAAUCGACGAGUACAAAUAGUUGUGCUGCUUCCUUGCUUAUUUUAAUCCUAGGCUCCAGAUUUGCUGCUUGGGGUGCAUGUAAGAGGUGCAGGCAUGUGAGAGUUAUUUCAGAACUGCCUGCUCCAGAAUUGAGAGAUGGUUUUGUUAUUGAUUUCCUUGAUUCGGUUACAAUGCGAGAGCGGAUGGCCUGGCAUCCAUUUGAUGGUACCGGAAUAUGCAAAAGCAGUCUCAGAAUACUUACUUGGGCAGAAGAAGAAGCUGUUGAUCAGAAAAGAUACUUUGAGGAAUCUUGCAAACCAAAAUGUGUGAAGCCACUUCUUGAAUAUCAGGCGUGUGUCAAGAGAAUUCAAGAUGAUGAGUCUGGCCACAAACAUUGCACUGGGCAGUAUUUUGAUUACUGGCAUUGUGUUGACAAAUGUGUCGGACCUAAGCUGUUCGCGAGACUAAAAUGACAAGACAGCAAGUUGGAGACUUGAGUCUUGUUUUCAGAGUUAUAUAAAAUGAUGUGGAUGCUGAACAUUACUACUGCAAUCUUCCGUCUCGGUUUUGUUUCUCUGUCAAACUGCGAAUUCUUUGUUUUCGUAUGAAGUUGUGAUACGUCAUUAAUAAUAAGUAAUGAAAACG